UCUAUAGCUUGAGUGGUACACUGGAAAACUGGCAUGGAAAUUUCCUGUGCGUUAAAGAUGAAGUAACUGACCAAGAAAAUGACAUUUAUCUUUCUCUCUCUAAACCAGUGCAGAGAGAGAGAGAGAGAGAGUUGAAAAAAUUGUGAAUUCUUUUCCCGGCGGUAUGCAAUUGAAAUCCAUCAACACUAUUACAAUUAUAUUCAUGUUUGUAUUUGCAAUUUUAAUCCUUUUCUUCUCUCUUGAAUUCCCAUCUGCCAAUUCUUCAAUCCCAUCGCCCAAUGACUCAAUUUCAUUGACUCUUUCAAAAUCCACCCCACCAGAACCCUUCAAAGAUUUAUUUCUUGCAUUCAAGAAGUGGGAUUCUCAGGUGGGCUGUGCCCAAUUCAGACAAAAACACGAAGACUUUUUGAAAAAUGGGUCAAAGAUCUCGACUUUACAUAAUGCUGAUGGUGAAAUUGAUUGCAAUGAAUUGAAGAUGAACCAUGUGAAUGUUUUGGUUAAAGGGUGGACUUGGAUUCCUGAUAAUAUGGAUAAUCUGUAUAGUUGUAGAUGUGGGUUAAGCUGUUUGUGGACUAAAUCUUCAGUUCUUUCUGAUAAACCUGAUGCCUUGUUGUUUGAAACAACAUCUCCUCCAGUUCAGAGGCAAGCCGGAGAUCCACUUCGUGUAUAUAUGAAUCUUGAACCUGGCAGGAAGAGGUCAGGCCGUGAGGACAUUUUUAUUAGUUAUCAUGCCAAAGACGACGUGCAGUCUACAUAUGCUGGGGCACUCUUUCAUAACAACCGAAAUUAUCAUUUAUCAUCUGUCAAGAACAAUGAUACUCUUGUUUAUUGGUCCUCAUCGCGCUGUCUUCCUCAAAGAAACCAACUUGCGAAAAGCCUUCUCAGCUUGCUGCCCCACCACUCAUUUGGAAAGUGCUUGAACAAUGUUGGAGGCCUCGACCAGGCACCCUCCUUCUAUCCGGAGUGUAUGAAGGAUGCUAACGAAGCUCCUAAAUGGUGGGAUCAUUUACAUUGUGCCAUGUCCCACUAUAAGUUCGUCCUUGCAAUUGAAAACACAAUGACAGAUAGUUAUGUGACGGAGAAACUAUUUUAUGCACUGGAUUCUGGAUCAAUUCCCAUAUAUUUUGGAGCCCCGAAUGUCUGGGACUUCAUACCUCCUCAUUCCAUUAUAGAUGGGAAGCAAUUCAGUUCUAUGGAGGAAUUGGCUAUUUAUGUCAAGGCUCUAGCUAAUGAUCCAGUGGCUUAUGCAGAAUAUCAUGCAUGGAGGAGAUGUGGUGUGUUGGGUAAUUAUACAAGGACCAGAGCAGCUAGCUUGGACACUUUACCGUGCAGACUAUGCGAGGCUGUGAGUAGAAAAAAUGGGAGAAAUACAAAAGCGCUGUGAGGCGGCUUUGCAGCAAGGAUCGUGUCAAUUAGUUCAUACACACCCCUAUCGUCCGUCAUAGAAAGACUUGGAGACUGACAAAAUCAAUCAUAUAGAUAAUAUGCUUCUAACCUUGUACCUUCAGCUGAAUUUGUAUCAUCUUUUUAUCUCGGCUGGUUGUAUCAGAGUAAAGUUGGUGGAUUAAAUGAAAAUUAGAAAUAAGAGUUCGUUCAUUCCUCAAACUGACGGUCAAGAAUUUUAGUAAGGUUCUUUUUUAUUUUGGCAGUCUCUAUUAAAAAACACACUUCCUGUAUGUAAUACUAAAGAAGAAUAGACAGCAAUUUAAUUAAGAUUUGAA